AUGACAGUGCCUAAAAUCCACAGUGGUAUGGGAUUCCGAAAUCUUCGUCAAUUUAAUUUGGUGUUACUAGCGAGGCAAAGAUGGCAUUUAUUGAAAUAUCCUGAUUCUUUAGUAGCGAAGGUAUUGAAGGCAUGCUAUUUUUGGGAUUAUGACUUUUUUCAAGCUAAUGUUGAUCACAAUCAUAGCCAAAUAUGGCGUAGUAUUUGUGCUGCAAGGGUAGUGGAACCGAGGGUUCUUACUGAGCAAGAUGAUUCUCUUCCUUUGUUCGAGAUUCCUUUAUUAAGGAUUGAGCACAAGGAUGAGUGGGUGAGGUCUUUGAAUGGUCGUGGAAAUUACUUUAUAAAUAAAGAUUAUGUAUCCGGAAUAGGCUUUACCCCAACGCUUACUCCAACAACUCCUGUAUCAUACUCAGUCCCUGCAGCCCCUCCACUUGCUCCAGUUGCCCCCACUGCCCCAACUUCUUCAAGUUCUGUUCCUGGAUCGAGUGCUAGUCGAUCUGCAUCCUCAUCCUCAUCACAUGCUACUAGGACCUACUGUUAUGUGCAUGCAAGCGGAAAUCUUAUACCUUCUGAGAAGACAUCUGGUGCCUGCACAAAGAUUUUUCAGAAGUACAAUGUCGAGGAGGGUUCUUCCUGGAAGAAUAUCCCACAAUCCACAAAAGAUUUUUAUUUCAGAGAGUUUGAGAAAGAAUUUCACUGGGAUGAGGGAAGUGCUGCAAUAGUGAGGAAGGCAUGGAAUAAAAAAGCAGCUACCCGAUACAAAGACUUUCUGACAAAUGAAAAGAAGAAAAAAAAGAGGAGUGCUUAUAUAUCAAAUGAAGUUUGGGAUAAAUGGAAUUUAGAUUGGAGUACUCCAGAGUAUGUAGCAAAGUCAGUGAAGUACGCAAAGAACCGCCUAACAGAGAAGGGAGGUGCAGGAGCUGGUCCUUCUAAACAUACAGGUGGGUCCAUAACACAUGAGGAGCAUGCAAGACGCAUACAAAAUGCUAAGACAGACAAAGUUCCUCCAACAGCAGCUGAGUUGUUUCUCCACACCCAUACAAAGAAGAGUGAUCGCAACAAAUUUGUUGAUAAACGAGCUGAACUUGUUUAUGAAAAUUAUUUGAAGCUAAAAGAACAACAUUCAAGCCAGAAUGUGGGAUCAGAUCAUGUGGAAGGAGAUGGAGGAACUAUUAAUGAGGAUCAAUUGUUCAUUACUGCAGCAGGAGGAUGGUAAGGAAGUCGAGUUUAUGGUUUAGGUAGUGCUGCAUCUUCUGCCUUCUCUCAAACAGGAACUGUGGGAAAAACAACAAAUGUUCCAUCAUCACAAUCACCAGAAUGGAAGAAGGAAAUUGAAGCAAAGUUUGAAGAGAAGUAUAAUAGUUUGCAGAAACUUGUAGAAGACCAAAAUCAGAUAAUAGCUCGAAUGCGUGAUGAACUACAGGCCACGAGGAUGGGACAACAGUCUUCCUCAUUGAUGCCAUCAACAUCUGAUAUGCCUCCAGCUCAAAGAUCCCCUGGUGAUUCACAUAUAGAUUAGCAUGAUAUGACUUUAAUAAUAUAUUUUAUGAUAUGAAUUUGAUACUAUUUGGAUUAAUUAUGUAUUUUGAGAUAUUUUAAGUUUUAUAGUCUUGAACUAUAGUAAUGUUUUGGAUUUUUAGAUUGCACAAUUAUGAAAUGAAGUUGAUGUUUAUAUAUUA